UUAUCUAUGACCCAUAAGGGUCAAAACACAGCGACUCCACCAGCCACGGCCACCGCUCCAUCCGUCAUCUCCGUCGCCGACUUCUCUCUUUUCCCAGCGACUUCUAUUAAACCCAUUCCCCGCCUUUCUAUUCUCUCUCUCAUAACCACAAAUGUCGACGCCAGAGUCUUCUCAAGAACAUGACCAAGAUUUCCACCACCAACCCAUUCUCUCACCGAAGCCAGAGAUCCACAUCUCAGACUCACCGCCUUCCUCCGCCUCCACUCCGCCGCACCUAUCAAUCCCAAUCCAAGCAGAGCCUAUCCAAUCUCUAUCACAUCCCAAGAAAUCCACUCCUUUGCCCUGGUCCAACAAAGAAACCGUCAAUCUAAUACUCGCCUAUCAGGAGAAAUGGUACUCCCUCAAGAGAGGCCAAUUGAAAGCAAAUCAAUGGGAGGAAGUAUCCGUCACCGUCGCCAUCCACUGCGGCUACGACGAACCAUCUAAAACCGCCACUCAAUGUCGCCACAAGAUUGAGAAACUUCGAAAGCGAUUUAAGGCUGAGAAGCAGAGACCAAACCCUCGAGCUUGGGAAUUCUUUGACUUCAUGGAUAGUUUAGAGAAAGGCCCACUUCCAAUUUCCGCUCGCCCUGUGGAGAACUAUAGCGCUGAUGAAGGCAACGGAGAUGAUGAGAUCUACGAAGCUUUCUGCAAUAGAAACCAGUCAAAAGCGGACGACCUAGAUCACAACGUUCGAAGUAGGAAAGUUAGUAGAUUUAGUGAGAGCUUUUCCGAUUUUGGGAACAAUAAUCCGAACCCAAGUAACUUGAAAAGAAACAGAUUCAAGAGAUUUCAGACUGUAAGUGAGGAUGAAGAAGAUGGUGAUGAUGAUGAAGAAGAAGAAGUAGCUGAGAAGAAAGAAGAGAAUAAGGCUGCGUGGGCAUUGGCUGGGGAAGUAAGGGCGUUUGCUGGGAAGUUUCAACAAAUGGAGAAUAAGAAAAUUGAGAUGAUGAGGGAGAUAGAGAAGUACAAAUUGGAUAUGGAGACCAAGAGGUUCGACAUGAUCCGACAGUCUCAGAGGAGGAUUAUUGACACCAUUAGCAAGGCUUUAGCAACUCGGAAAAAUUGAAUCUUUCCCAAGAAACAACUUGAAGGUUUCCUCCUAUUAUACCUCUGCCUUCUUAUUGAUUGAUUAAUUAUAUCUUUGUUUGGUAAAGUUAAUCUAUCUAGAAAUGGGUAUUCUUUGAUGAUUUUCUUUUGGUGUAGCCUCAUGUAGUGAAGAAUGAAAAGAUCUCAUUAGUGUCAGAUACAUUCAUCAAAUAAAGAAAAUAAAUAAAUAUUCUUCUAGAUAUUAGUUUCCUUCUAUAAACUAACUAUAGAGGUUAUAUGAUUUCAAGUGAGCAGCAGAAAUGAAGACAUUUUAUUAAUUUGAAGCUGGGUUUUGUUCAUCUUGGAUUAACUUAUUAUGUUUCAAUUGUUGAAUCGAGCUAGUUUUUGAAGUCAAGACAAGUUUUCAGUUUCAUAGAAUUGAGUUUACUACUGUUUUCUUUGAUGUUAAAGGGUUCAUUGUUCAGGGAAUGUAUCAGAACAGUAUGUAGUAAUGAGGCAUGUAUAAUGCAAAUGAUGAAUUUUAUUUUAUUUAUUGCACCUGGCCAUUUGUUAUUGGAGUCAAUUGAUGA